AUGAUUAACCAAAUUGUUUUGUCUUUUAUUGCAAUUUCCGGAGUUGCAAACGCUCAAGCUGGGCCUUUCGCUAACACUACGUUAGGGUUUGGUUCUCCAAGCGGCAGCAAUUCCAGUAUUGACUCUGUUUCUGCUUCUGUUUCUGCGUCUGCUCCAGCUCUUUACCUAAACAGCACCAGAUCUGUAUUGCAAACGGAAACUUUUGCUCCUACCACUUUGCCAAAGAAGAAGAGUUCUACCACAUAUGUUUUAACCACUUCCUCUUCUUCUUCCUCUGCUGUUUCUGCUCCACAGGAAUCCUUCGCUCCAACAACUUCCCCAGCUGACACUUCUGUUUCUUCUCCAGCUGUUUCUUCUCCACAAGAAUCUUUCGCUCCAACUACAUCCCCAGCUGACGAUGCUGCCGCAGCUGAAUCCUACGCCCCAACUACUUCUCCAGAAGAAACUUCUUCUGCUUCUACCUCUGCCCCAGAAGAAUCUUAUGCUCCAACUACUUCUCCAGAGGAAACUUCCGUCCCAACCACUGCCCCAGCUGACACUGGUGCCCCACAAGAAUCCUACGCUCCAACUACUUCUCCAGAGGAAUCCUACGCCCCAACCACUGCCCCAGCUGACACUGGCGCCCCACAGGAAUCUUACGCUCCAACUACUUCCCCAUCCGAGUCUUUCGCUCCAACCACCGCAGAGUCCUACGCUCCAACCACCGCCCCAGCGCAAACAUUCACCCGUGGUAACACUCCAUUCUUCAAGUACAACACUACCGCCACUGUGCCUACCCCAGCAUACAACACAACCCUCCUACCUCCAACUUACAACGCUACCUCUGCUCUAAACGGUACUCUACCAACCCCAGCCCUAAACGCUACUCUUCCAACCCCAGCCCUUAACGGAACUGUUCCUCUCCCACUAAACACAACCUCCGUCGUGGUCAAGAGAGACGUCGCCCCAGUGUCUCAAAUUGGUGAUGGCCAAAUCCAAGCUACCACAGGUACCCCAGCUUCCCCAGCUGCGCCAACUACCCCAGCUCCUGUAGGAUCCUCAACCCUAGUGUCCCAAAUCACCGACGGCCAGGUCCAAGCAACCGCUUCUGCAAACGGCACCAACUCCCAAAGCAUCCACACCUAUGAAGGCGGUGCCCAGGCCCAAUUCCUAACAUCCACUAACGGUUUGCUUGCCGUUCUAUGUUUGGUCGCUUCUUUGGCUAUUUAA